UUAUAUCGAUAAAAUUCAGGCAGGAAUGGUAUGAUCGGGCUUCAGCGACAUUUAUGGAAAGUAUCUUUAAGGAAAAUCCAGCAAGCAAACAGAAACUAGUGUUGCAAGGUUACAUCAUCGGACACGUCCAGUUGCGAAAGGUCAAGGCCACAGAAAGAGAAUGCGCGACCAUGAAUGAUAUGCCUUAUCUCUCAUUAAAAUGUAAAAAAUAUUUCUAUAACUGGAUCAAGUGAACCCGAGAACUCUACAUUCCAGUCAAAAUCUUCUCCUUAUUUGUUGUUCGGUCGACAUGGCAUAUAUGACAACUCUGGUCACGUGAUUAAGCUAAAUCAUUCAAGGAAUGAGUCCGUGCUUCAAAUUCAGAGACUGCCCUCCUCUCAGUGGAUGGACGACUCCACCAAAGCCGUGUUUGUGGAGUUCACGCUGUUCCACCCGUCCACUGGCCUCUUCACCUCCGUCAUUCUGUACCUGGAAAUUCCGGACACAGGCGGAGUGACCGCAGGUCACAGUAUCAGCUCCACCUAUCUGUUAAAGUAUACGUCAGGGACAGAUAACUUUCUUCUUUUUUGUGAGCUGCUUUUCAUACUACAGACACUAUGGAAACUGAAGAUUGUUGUAUAUGACAUCGUUAAACUACAAAUGAAAUUUCUACAUUAUGGUUGGAAAGUGUUACAGGGUGUUUUAAGCCUGGUCUCCGUUGCGUACAUCGGUUGUAACAUCUACAGGUUCAUAUUGGUGUCUAAUGUUAUUGAACAACAGAGGACAACAUACAACGAGGAGUUCGUGGAUGUCUCCUUUGUUACAUUCUGGGACGAGAUGCUGCGGUGUAUGGUUGGCUUUAUCCUGUUUGUAGUCAUUUUGCAAUCUCUACGACUUCUGAGAUACGAGCGAUUGUUUCUUCUUUUUGGAAAAAUAUACAGCCGUGCUCAUAGAGAGUUGAAAGUGUUGGCGAUUCUGCUUUUUGUGUUGCUACUGGGGUUUGCUGCUCUCGGUCAUGCUUUAUUUGGCGCCUUUUUCUUCGGUUUCGUGGAUAUGUGGAGCAGUAUUUUUACAGUGUCGGCCAUACUGUCUGGGCGCUACGUUGAUCUGACUUCUGAAUCCUCUUUGAUACACGCUACCCGGAUGUUUAUAUUUUUCUUGACUGUAUUCGGCCUCGGUCUUUCCACAAUUUACGUUGUUUCUUUCUUAACGUUUCGUUUUCACGUGACAAAAAGGCCGCAGCACAAGAUGCUAGCUUUAAGUGGACCGGAAACACUGACCUAUUAUUGGCGCAUGCUCCAUCAGCUGGCGGGGUUUAGAACGGUUGAUACUAGGAGUGAACCGGAAUCGGAGCCAGACAAUACUUUACCACCGGAGUUUACAAUGGCUGAGAUCGAAUACCAAGUGGACGAGCUAUUCUACAGAAUCGCCGCUUUAUCGGGAUCUCACACGCUACCAGAGAAACCCGCCAAUUACUUCACGGACUCGGACGGAACCUAUGGCGCGGGGGAUGACGGGAUAUCCAGCGUGGGAUCUGAGGUUCACGAUGAGGAGAGACUUGAACACCGGGUUCACAAGAUCGAAGACAACCUGUGUUCAAAGGAGCCCUACUUAGCACAGCUUUUUGGAACAGAUAGUUUAUCAAAAGACCAGGAAAAUCAAAUCAGGUCGCAUCUAGAGCUAGAGAUUUUCCGCCAGCUACAGAUUCAAAGACAAACAGGAGGAGAAAACGAAACAAUUGGUGCAGUCCCAAAUACGAGGGAGCAAGAAACCUCACUACAAAGAGAUCCAAAAUUAGGAACACAUAAUCCUAGCAAAUCAGAAAUAGAGGAGGCAAGUAAUUCUAAUCUUAAGGACAAAGAGACGUGUCCAUCGAGCCCUGAUUCACCAGAGUCGGUGAAAAACUCAACAGAGAAGACUAAGAAACCAGCGGUAGGGGAAGAAACACCACCUGAAUUAUGUCAACCCAAUGCAAAACCAGUUAUCAAAGCUCAAAAAUGUAUGAAAAAACCCGAGUUACCCGCAAAACCAACUUUCAUUAAUCCCGGGACAUCUCGAGGGGGGGCCAUUACAUGAAAUUCAUAAGCCGCAAAUAAUCAGUAGUCCUACAUUACGUCAGUUAAAGGCAGAUAAGUUUGGCAUUCGUGGUGAAAAAGGUGGGGCCAAAGGUGAAAGUAACAGCGGAAGUAGUAUAACUGAAUCAAGUUCCGGUUCUGAACAAGACGCUCUACAUGGUCAUGUGACAGCAAUGGGGAAACGGAACUUGCGUAAAACAAAGUCGCGUGGGAAAGGAAAGGGACCAGUUAAUUUAUCUUCAGUUUUGUUAGACGAAAUUGAAAGUGAACUCCAGCAAAGAGAAUGUGCAAGUGUAACUGACGAUAAGUUCGUUAUUUUAGAACAAGAAGUGUUGGAAGACAUUGAUGAUGAAAAUUUAAAUGCAUAAGAUGUGUCUAAAUAUCUAAAGUUUCCAUUACAAUUGUACUAGAUUUUGUAAUAAAAGUUUUGUCAGAGAAAUUGCCAUUGUAAUAGUAACAAAUGAAUUCACCAGUAAACGAAAACUAAAAUCGUAAGAGUCACAAAUUUUAUAUGACAAGUUACUACAUUAUAUAUCAUUUUUUGCAUCAAUUACGAAAAAACAAUUACUUAUCUGAAUAUCACUAAUAAAAGUUCUCUGAAUAGAAAAAAAAAAUGUCUAAUUUUCAAUAACAUUGUAUCUCUUUAAGAAUUACAUGUAUAUGUCGUUCUAGUUGGUUUCCAUGCUCAUGCUUAAUUCUUGGAUUUUGCCCCUUAUAUCGUUUACAGUUCUACAUGUUCUUCUUUGACAGCUAGCAAUAUGUAUUUCCGCUAAAAAUCGUCAAAAUUGUAGAAGAUGGUAACCUGGAAGAGUCGAUAGGAUUGCGAAAUGAAAUGUUGUACAUUCUAUUUAAAUUUUCACACGUACAAAUACACAUGUACAUUGUAGGUACAUGUAUAUGUGAAACAAUUUUUUUUUUCCAUUGGCAGUGUCAACAUAGUCAACAUGAAAAGUGAUUCAUCUUUUCUCAUUUACUUGUUUAGAAUACCCAAACGUAUUAAGUAUUGUAAUAAUUAGAAAUGAACUAAUUGAUUACAAUUCUUCGUGGGCUAUCUGUUAAUUAAAGGAGUGAGUUAAUACUCUUUAGUGUUAAUGUGUUUGGUGAAAUUGUGUUAUUGCGCAGUACACCAUGUCUCAUGAGAAAACUGCGUUUCUACGGUUGUUUUGCAAUUCUUUCUCAGAUGAAAUUUUCAAAACUUAUUUGUGAAAAACGUCAAAGGAUAUAAUCUUACUUGUAUUAAGUCAAAAUACUGUACUUCCUAAAAGCACAAUAUUUACCCAACACAUUAACACUGUCCGCAGUCAUAUAAACAAUUGCGCAUCAUUCGAUUAACAAUUAAGACCACACAUUGGGUACGUUUUCUACUGGGUGCGUUUUCUCCAGCAUUCUUUCUGAGCAAGGUAUUAAUUCUUGUUAUUUUAAACUGUAUAUAAUCUAAGAUAAACAAGUAAUUAAACGAGGAAAAAGGUGAUUCACUCCUCAUUAAAACUUAAACGUGGCAAUAUACAUGUAUAAACUUUUUUAAACAAUUUCUUUUUCAACACAUCCCUGCUUGAAAUAUAACCUGUAUAUUUGAG